AUGGCUGCGGAGAAUCCGCCGGAAAAGCAGCUUACGGCCACACAACUUCGUAGGUUGAAGGACCGCGAGGCUUGGGAUGCCUACUGGAACAUCAGGGACUUGGAUUCUCGGGGAACUUAUUUCCAUCGCAUGAAGUACUACGCCCAUCGACUUUUCGAUUUUCCGGUCACUUUUAUUCGCGAGAAUCUGAUCGAGCCUUUGAACGACAAGUACCGACCUGUUUAUUAUCAUCGGAAGCUGACGAGGGUUCCUGACAUUGAUCAAUGCGGGGUCACCGAUGAGGUGAGAGAUUUUAAAUUUUUUGUCUAUGUUUUAGAUGUUGAAGUUGUUGAGAUUGCGAUGGAUAGGGAAGCAGACGAAGAGUCUAUGAAAAGCCUUUUAUUUCAGCCAACAUGAGCAGAAAUUUGGGGCAUUUUUGAUUUAUAAUACCUAGUGUAAGAUAAAGCAUUGUUGGAUUAGAUAUUGCGGAUAGUUUUUGAUGUAGGAAUGGGAUUGUCAAUUCUUUAUGAAGUGCUGGUGAAGCUAUCAGCUUGUUCUGUUUUAUUAAAAAUGUUGCUUUAAACGUAUAUACUUCCUCUCUUCCAGGCAUGUCUCUAUGAAGCUCAAGCACAAUAUCGAUUGGACAAGAUGGUUGAUACCUAUAUUCUGGAGAUCCUUUUCGAACGUGCCCAUCGCUGUUACAUCCUCAACCAACCGUAUCUCAAGCCGUGUGCUCCAGCUAUAGAAGAUUACGAAGAAGCUGAGCUCAAUUGGUUCAUCAAAUACGGAGAAAUCAGUCAUGUUGGUGAUGCGAAGGAUGUGUACAUGAAGCAAAAGCAUCGGAUGAUCUGGGAACGCCGGAAUCCCGAGAUUAUGGCCGAGCGCGAGGCCAAGUACAAAAAACAUAAAGAGGAACUGGCCAACGGGAACUUUGACCACUCAUUCUGGAAAGGAGGUAUAUUCUACAUGGACAAGAAGAACUACGAACCUCCAUACGACCAGCAAGUCUCCAAGGGCACCAAUGAAGGCGAUAAACCCCUCUCCAAAAACUGGGAAUACUACAAAAAGCUGGCCCAGGAUCCGGAAUUCGACAAAAAACAAGGCAAACAAACGAAUGUCCCCUUGUUCCCCUUCGUCGGUUGA